AUGACUGAUAUUACACCAGAGGCCUCUUUGCGCUCGUUGAUCAACUCUACAACACACAAGUGGAUUUUCGUCGGCGGGAAGGGCGGUGUGGGCAAGACCACGUCUUCGUGCUCCAUUGCCAUCCAGAUGGCGCUUGCGCAGCCCACUAAGCAGUUUCUUUUGAUCUCGACGGAUCCUGCGCAUAACCUUAGCGAUGCGUUCAACGAGAAGUUUGGGAAGGACGCGCGCAAGGUCACGGGCAUGGACAACUUGUCGUGUAUGGAAAUCGACCCUUCGGCGGCGUUGAAGGACGUGAACGACAUGGCGAUCGCGAACGGCGGCGAUGAUGACGGGCUCUCGGGCUUGCUACAGGGCGGCGCACUCGCAGAUCUCACGGGGUCGAUUCCGGGCAUCGACGAGGCGCUUUCGUUCAUGGAGGUGAUGAAACACAUCAAGAAGCAGGAGCAGGGCGACGGCGAGCACUUCGACACGGUGAUCUUUGACACCGCGCCCACGGGCCAUACGUUGCGCUUCUUGCAGCUCCCAACUACGCUCACGAAGGUGCUAGACAAGUUUGGCGCCAUUGCAGGCCGCCUUGGGCCGAUGCUCAACUCUUUUGCGGGCAACCCCAACGUCGACGUGCUUGGCAAGAUGAACGAACUCAAGGAAAGCGUCCAGAAGAUCAAAAAGCAGUUCACCGAUCCGGACUUGACGACCUUUGUUUGUGUCUGUAUCAGCGAGUUCUUAUCGCUCUACGAAACCGAGCGGCUCAUCCAAGAGCUUAUCUCCUACGACAUGGACGUAAACUCCAUCAUUGUGAACCAGCUCCUAUUCGCGGAAAGCGACAAGGAGCACAAUUGUAAGCGCUGCCAAGCAAGAUGGAAGAUGCAGAAGAAGUACUUGUCCCAGAUUGACGAGUUGUAUGAGGACUUCCACAUUGUCAAAAUGCCACUUUGCGCCGGCGAGAUCCGCGGCUUGGAAAACUUGAAGAAGUUCUCUUGCUUUUUGAACAACAAAUACGACCCUGAAACUGAUGGCGAACUCGUCUACCAGUUGGAACAGGGAUUAUAG